AAGAUGAGCUACACUUUGGACUCUCUGGGCAACCCGUCCGCCUACCGGCGGGUAACCGAGACCCGCUCAGGCUUCAGCCGCCUUAGCGGCUCCCCGUCCAGCGGCUUCCGCUCGCAGUCAUGGUCCCGAAGCUCGCCCAGCACCGUGUCCUCCUCCUACAAGCGCAGCGCGCUGGGGCCGCGCCUCACCUACAGCUCUGCCAUGCUCAGCUCCGCCGAGAGCAGCCUCGACUUCAGCCAAUCCUCGUCCCUGCUCAACGGCGUCUCCGCGCCGGGCGGCGACUACAAGCUGUCCCGCUCCAACGAGAAGGAGCAGCUGGACACCAUCCCAGCAGUUUGGAAAAAUGAGCUUUCGGGGCACAAGUGGGAAAUGGCCCGUCAUUUGCGAGAAUACCAGGAUCUCCUCAACGUCAAGAUGGCUCUGGAUAUUGAGAUCGCUGCAUACAGAAAACUGCUGGAAGGUGAAGAGACCAGAUUUAGCACAUUUUCAGGAAGCAUCACUGGACCACUGUAUACACACCGACAGCCCUCCAUCACAAUAUCCAGUAAGAUUCAGAAAACUAAGGUAGAGGCUCCCAAGCUAAAGGUCCAACACAAAUUUGUCGAGGAGAUCAUAGAAGAAACCAAAGUGGAAGAUGAGAAGUCAGAAAUGGAAGAGGCCCUGACAGCCAUUGCAGAGGAAUUAGCAGUUUCUAUGAAAGGAAAGGAGGAAGAAGAGGUGGAAGAAAAGGAAGAGGAACAAGAAGCUGACGAAGUGGUAGCAACUAAAAAGUCUCCAGUGAAAGCUACCGCACCUGAAUUUAAAGGAGAGGAAGAAGGAGACAAGGAGGAAGAAGAGGAGGAGGAGGAAGAUGAGGGUGCUAAAUCAGACCAGGCUGAAGAAGGGGGGUCUGAGAAGGAAGGUUCUAGUGAAAAAGAAGAAGAUGAGCAGGAAGAAGGAGAGACAGAGGCAGAAGGUGAAGGAGAGGAAGUUGAAACUAAGGAAGAGAAGAAAACUGAGGAAAAGAGGGAAGAAGUAGUCACGAAGGUGGAACUGGUGGCAGAAGCCAAGGUGGAAAAGCAGGAGAAGGCCAAGUCCCCCAUGCCAAAAUCGCCAGUGGAAGAGGUGAAGCCAAAACCAUCAGCUGGAGCUGGGAAAGAUGAGCCGAAAGGGGAAGAAGGGAAAGUGGAGGAAGGAAAGAAAGAAGCAGCAAAGGAAGCUCCUAAGGAGGAGAAGGUAGAGAAAAAGGAGGAGAAGGUAGAGAAAAAGGAGGAGAAGGUAGAGAAAAAGGAGGAGAAGGUAGAGAAAAAGGAGGAGAAGCUGAAAGAUGUGGUAGAGAAGAAGAAAGCUGCAUCCCCGGUGAAGGAGGAAGUCAUGCAGGAGGUGGUGACCAUCACCAAAUCAGUAAAGGUGAGCUUGGAGAAAGGUGCCAAAGAGGAGGAGAAGCCUGGGCAGCAGAAGGAGAAAGUGGAGGGAGGGAGCAAGGAGGAAGGAAGUGAUCAAGGCUCAAAGGAAUCCACCAAGGAAGACAUAGCCAUCAAUGGGGAGGUGGAAGGAAAGGAGGAGGAAGAGCAGGAAACGAAGGAGAAAGGCAGUGGGGGAGAUGAGGAGAAAGGUGUUGUCACCAAUGGCCUAGACUUAAGUCCAGCAGAUGAAAAGAAGGGGGGUGAUAAAAGUGAGGAAAAAGUGAUGGUGACCAAAACGAUAGAAAAAAUCACCAGUGAAGGGGGAGAUGGUGCUACCAAAUAUAUCACUAAAUCUGUCACUGUCACUCAAAAGGUCGAAGAGCAUGAGGAGAGCUUUGAGGAGAAAUUAGUGUCUACUAAAAAGGUAGAGAAGGUCACUUCACACGCCAUAGUAAAGGAAGUCUCCCAGGGUGACUAGUCAUUUUAGUCUAUUCAAAAGGUUAAGCCAUAUGACAAUUUCAAAAUGCAUGUUAAUGACAGCUUCAAAAUAGAACGGGUUCUCCCAUGGGGGUUCCAGACAUUGUAUUUUACAUUGUGCAAUACGAGGGAACUGCAUGCAAGCUCAGGAUGCUCCCUCCUCAGUCUUUGGGGGGUUCAAAUGCAUGAUAUUGUAUGUACCUGGGGAAUUGGCCAAUUUACUAAACUGCUGGAAGGGGGGCACUCACAGGGGGGGUGUCUUGAGAUGUAUUAUGCAAAGAACAAACUGAGCCAAAAAUAAAUGAAACACAGAACUCUCUUAGCCUUAAGAAAGCUAUAUAUGAAUAAUUAAGUUUACCUCACUGGUGCAUUUAAAAUGGACUUUCUUUCAUGGGAGAACCUUGUUGACAUGCACAGUUUGCAACCUUUCGUUGAUUGAUGCUAAACGUCACAGCAGUACUUGCUCAAUAAAGGUCAUAUUGGAAACAGU